AAAUCAAAACUCAAAACACAACGCAUAAACCAGCAUUUAUUAAUAUUGUAAUACAUCAUAUUUGUAGAAAGGAUGGCAACUCAUAGACAUCAGAAGAAAUAAGCAAGGCAUACGGUAAUAUCAUCUGCGCAAGAUACCAUCAAAAUGAACAUAGUAAAGCCUUUAUUUGUUAUUUUGUUCAUCUUCCUCCUUGAAAUUUCCAUGGCUGUUUUCAUCUUUACUUAUUUCAAAGAAACAUCAAGCAACGCAUCGGUUAGCCCAAACAACAAUAAUGGAAAUGAAGGUGCAUGCGAAGGCGAAAACUGUAUAAAUCCGCAGCCUGAGAAAACUAAAUAUCCGGAUAAAAGCACUACGAUUGAAAAUUCUCCACAAACGGACAUCCCCUCAAUGGAGCCACCACCGGAGGUUCGUGUUUGUAAAAGUGAAACGUGUCUGAAGUCAGCAAUUACUUUAAAAGCCAACAUGGAUUUGAAUGUGGAUCCGUGCGAAGACUUCUAUCGUUAUACAUGCGGUGGAUAGUUGGAAAAGACACACCUUCCUGAUGAUGGUCCCGUGAUUGGUUCCCUCUUAAAUACGCGUCUAAAAGUUGGAUCCAGAG